UGUAAGCCAGCGGUGGACGAAGAAACCUUCAAUAAGAUGGUGGAGCGACAAUAUGAAGCUCUUAGACGAGAUCGAUUAAAGGGCACCGAAGAGAAUCGAUCGGAUGGACCUGCGUCGAGCGAAUCAACGCCGAAUUCUACUCCUACUCCAACUCCUGCUUCAGUUAACGAUGAAGUUCAAUCCGAUGUUCCUGAUAAUGAUGCAACGGAUAAAAAGACAAACGGAUCUGAGAAGCCCAUUAAUGAAAUUAAGAAGGAAAUACCUUCGCCCCCGUAUACUGAAAGUAAACCCGAGCCGCCGCCGACUCAGGGAAAUUCGAAUCAGCAUACAUCCAAUUCUGGCAUGUACUGUGGGAACGUUAGUCCAGUACAACAGCAGCAACAGCAGCAGCAACAAACGUUGCCGCCGCCACCAUCAGCAUCGCAGCCGCAACAACCACCGUCCUUACAACCACAGCCGCAACAACAACAAUCGGCGGCGUCAGCUCAACAACAUCAACAGCCAUCAGCGCAGCAGCAUCAACAGCCACCGUCUCAGCAACACCAACAGCCACCACCUCAACAACAUCAACAACCACCGUCUCAGCAACAUCAACAGCCACCGUCUCAGCAACAUCAACAGCCACCGUCUCAGCAACAUCAACAGCCACCGUCUCAACAGCACCUACAGGCCGCACAUCAGCAGCAGCAUUCGCAACAACCGCAACCACCCGCACAACAACCGCAGCCCCAACAACAGCAGUGUACUGCGACAACAACGACAACCGUUCCUGGACCAGGGAUCAAUACAAGCGCACCUGCAAAUGCAAACACAGCUCCGAAUGCGCCAACUAUGCCGCCCGUAUCUUCACCGGCUCCUAUACAACACAAUCCUCAUCAACAAGGGAUGUUGACUAAUCAUUCGAUACCACCUCAUCAAGGGACGCAAGGAACUCAAGGAACACAGGUGCUACCACCUCAAGGACCAGUUUCUAAUCCACAUACUCCUCAAAUGAUUCCACCGAAUCAAGGCUACAGUCAACAGUAUCAACCAGGACCUACUCAGCAGGCCCAAAAUGUCCCAUUAGCUCCAAGACCUCCACAUCCAUCUUAUGCUUAUUCUCAACAGCAGCCAUAUCAUCAACCAUAUCCGCAAUAUGCACAUCCGUAUUAUCAUCAACCAUACUCGCAAUAUACACCGCAUACUAUGGGUCGUCCUCACGCCCAUGGCCCUCACAGCCCGCACAGUCCUCAUUAUCAUCCACAAUCACCUCAUUCUGUUGGAGAAAAUAAUACUACUAAUAACAGUGUACCCGGUUCGAACACUGCUUCUGCACCAGCCUCUGAUGCUAGCAAUUCAUCUUAUUCUCCAGCAUCGGGUCAUUGUGAAAAUGAACGUUCAGUCGCUUCGGAGAAUCAAGAGGGUCAAGUAGAUAUCAAAUCAGGGUCUGGUUAAUUAUUUUUUAUGACUCCAUACAUCUAUUUAUAUAAAUUUCAUUUGAUUUUUAUGUAAUUCAUAAAAUUACAUCCGAAUAAUAUUGAUGCAUUUAAGGUUAUAAUAAAAUUGUCACAUUCACUCUGUUUGUAUAAUAAAAAUCCAUUAUCAA